GAUAUUAUCUUCACUCCAUUAUCUGAUCUGAAACAUUUGACUGCUCAUUUCUACAUGGUAAAAUCGAAGACAUAAAAAAGUCAGGCCUAGGUGAUACACUCAACAGGCUAAAACGCGUUUUUCCACUUUCACAUAUUGUAGGAAUCAUGUAUUUAUUACGUGCAAAUAUUUCAGUUUUGUUGAAAGUGCAAAUUUCUCCCCAUAUUGGUCUGCCUAACUGUCAAAGGUAAUGAAUUGAAAUGUUCCCUUGGUUAGACAGCCUUCAUAAUAAUGUCAUGUAAAGGCUUCUGCAUAGCCUAUAUUUAAAUUGAACCUGUGCAUAAAUCGGACAAUAGCUCGUAUUUACAAGGUGCGAAUGUCCCCAUCACUUGGCGAUCAUGGAUGGUGUUCAAUCUUCCAUUGUGUUUUCCUCACAUGCUGAAUAGUAGGCAAUCCCAGGAACGAGACGGGGUCAAUCUGGCUAAUCCAACUUGUUUUGCUGAGAGGCAGCCAGCCAGCGGCCUGGAGCCAGCAGUCUGCCAGGAGUUAAGGGCCGACUCCCUCCCUCUCCUGUCCGAUCAUGCAGCCUGAUCUGUCCCCAGGUUGAUCAGCAUGACAAAGCACUGGGGGGGUCAGAGCAUGCUGGCACCACCCGCUCUCUACCUGCGCUCGCCUAGCCUGGAAGGCCACCAAGAUCAUCAACUUGACUUCCAGAUCCAUCCUCUGAGCAACACAGCGUGGAGCUCUCCAGCCCAACACUGGCCCUACUUCCCAAUCCAGGCGUCAGUCCAACAGUCUCCACGGCUCGAGAAGCCUGCCCCUGACCAAUUCAGCCUGGCCACAGCGCCCAUGGAUAAAGCGACGCCGCUAGACCAGGAGCAAUCUUGGGACGAGGAGAAAAAUGCGAAAAAUGGAAAGAAACAUGCGAAUAGUGGAAAGAAAAAAAACUAUCAGCGCUACCCCAAACCACCCUACUCCUACCUCGCAAUGAUUACCAUGGUCAUCCAAAACUCUCCAGAGAAGAAGCUUACUUUGUCUGAGAUUCUAAAGGAGAUUAGUACACUUUUCCCUUUCUUUGAAGGGAAAUACAAGGGCUGGCGGGACUCAGUGAGACACAACCUCUCUUCCUACGACUGCUUUGUUAAGGUAUUGAAGGAUCCUGGUAAGCCCCAGGGGAAGGGCAACUUCUGGGCUGUGGAGGAGAGCCUUGUGCCCCUGGAGCUCCUCAAGAGACAGAACACUGCCGUGUCGCGCCAGGAUGAGACCAUCUUCGCCCAGGACCUCGCCCCUUACAUCCUGCAUGGGCACCAACAUAAGCCAGAUGCAGAGCCCCCGGCCCCACCGCCACCAGUCACUGCUCUACGCCCAGGCCCACCAGUCACUGCUCUACGCCCAGGCCCACCAGUCACUGCUCUACGCCCAGGCCCACCAGUCACUGCUCUACGCCCAGGCCCACCAGUCACUGCUCUACCCCCAGGCCCACCUGUUACUGCUCUACCCCCAGGCCCACCUGUCACUGCUCUACUCCCCUUUCCCACCAGACAACACUCCUCCCUUCAGGAGGAGCUGUACCGGCCCAAGCUGGACUCGUCCUUUGCCAUUGACUCCCUCCUUCACAGCCUGAGGCCGGCCAGCGCUGCAGGAGAGCCUGGCAGGGACUGCUGGGGGGUGGAGCUCCACACUCGUCCACACCCUCACCACUCCUCCACUGCCUGCAGCGCCUCAGCCAGCCCCACCUCCUCCUCCUCCGAUGAGGACUGGAGGGGCGUGUCGCAGGGAGGGAAGCGGGUGCCUGAGGGAGAGGCGGGAUCAGAUGGGUACGAGGACUGCAGACUCCCUCCACACAAGUCUGCCCGCAGAGUCUCCGCCCCUCCCUGGGAGCUGCCCACCUCGUAUGCCAAGUACACACCGCCCAAUGCUGUGGCCCCGCCCAGCAUGCGGUUUAAUGGGGGCCCUCUGAUUCCACUAGGGAUGCCUCUGUAUGGCUAUGGGGGGUCUCCUGUCACAUCCAGUCAUUUUGUAGGUCAUGCCUACUGGCCCCUCCUACCCAGCGGUCGCCCUCCCCUCAUUAUGGACUUGGACGCUAUGCUCCAGUCAGUACCGCCCAAUAAGAGUGUGUUUGAUGUGCUGGGUCCACCCAAUCAGUCGUCGCACCAGCCUGCUGGUCAGUAUACCCUACAGAGUGGGCCCCCUCUCAGGUGUCAUCCCCAUUAUUGACUAUGACUGUCAAACCAGCACCAAAUAUAUUGUAAGUGCAAUGCAAGGAUACUACUGACCUAUUCGUAUAAGCUUAACCCGUGGCUAGAAAUGUGUCCACUCUAUCAAUUGGUCACUUCUAAUUGACAGGUCAUAGGAUUAAAUGUUUACAGAAGACAAUUGUACAUUCAAAUGUGCUGCUAACAUCUAACUCGACCAUACAACCACUGUUUACCUCCGUCUUAAUACAGGGAUUUAUUUUCACUAUUGUAUAUAUUAAUUUUCUUUUAAGAAUUCUUUGUUGCCUACCUCAACUAUUCAAUGUUUUUCAGUGGAAAAUGUAUUUUUCCCCCUCCUGUCUUUAUGGUUGUAUUUAAGAUGUAAUUGUAAAACUGCACAUCAAGCCAGGUUAUGGAAAGGGCAUUAUUGAAAAAGUUGACUUGUCUUUUACAGGGUAUGACUUUUUUCCCAGCCUUGAGUGUCAAUGUAGGAAGAGGCAGGGUGCUGUUCAUUGCUCAUCCAAUGUAGGAAGAGGCAGGGUGCUGUUCAUUGCUCAUCCAAUGUAGGAAGAGGCAGGGUGCUGUUCAUUGCUCAUCCAAUGUAGGAAGAGGCAGGGUGCUGUUCAUUGCUCAUCCAAUGUAGGAAGAGGCAGGGUGCUGGUCAUUGCUCAUCCAAUGUAGGAAGAGGCAGGGUGCUGUUCAUUGCUCAUCCAAUGUAGGAAGAGGCAGGGUGCUGUUCAUUGCUCAUCCAAUGCCGAGAGCCUCAAGUAGGAAAACAAAGUGAGGUUUUCUAAACCUCAAAGUGAAGAGUGCGCUGUUUGGAUUUGUGUGUGAGUGGUGUGUUGGUAAUCUUGUGUCAUUGGUUUAGAGACCAGUGGAUCACCCCCCUUUUUUACUCCAGUGAAGUCGUUUGUUCAGAUGGUGCAACCUAAAUUAAGUGUUUGUUCCUGACUUGAGUAAAGUUGUUAGCGUUAAUGGGUUCAACGUUCCUUGUCAAAUACCUUGUGUUCUUUGUCCUUUAGAGCUGUACCAGUGUUACAAGACAAUUGGAUCUUACCUUCUCGUCUCUAUUUGCAGUUGACAAAAGUUGAGCUUCAAUCCCCCAGCCAGCUCUAAAGGGCUUAUAUGUAUACUGUGAAGGAUAACUUCUAGACUGGAGUCAUGUCUACAAUUUGAUCUAUUUCAGCUAUUUAAAAGGUAAACAGUAUACAAAACUGGUGCUUGAGUAGUCGUUCCCGAUGCCCUAUGUCAGUCAGGGCUGUAGCUACCAGCCACUGUAUCAGUCAAUACAGUGUGGGUGAGUGCUCAGUGGUGACAAGGAGAGGCAGAUUUGCUCUUUGGGUGUGACCAUUUUUACCACAGGAAUUGUGAUUUUCUUGUCUUUGAUCCGCUGUCCCACUCCAACCAACCUCCUGCGGCUGGAACAGCAAUGCUCACUAUCUCUCAAUCUAGUCUCCAUGCAUGCUUGCCCAGAGCCUGUACCCCUUCCCCUGGACCCCCCCGGACCUCUCAGCCUCAACGUACCCAAGCCCUCCUGCUGUCUCCUUAUCUCCCAGAACACCCUGUAAUUCAUAUUGGGGUCUGGGCUUUAGUUUGAGGGGAUACUGUAAACCUAGGCACCAUACAGGGGUUAGUGUUGUAACUGAGGCCUGUGAGCCCAAUCAAUGUACUCAUUCCCACAGCUCACAGACUCGUCAUGACACAGGUUAUUUUGUGUAACAUUUGUCAUGUGGUGCUCUGAACACAGGGUGGCAGUGCAAGAACAGCAAACUAGAGGGGUCAGUCAUUUUGGCGUGUGUGUGAAUUUUGAUAACUACUUUCCUUGGUUCUCUGGGAGACUCGAUUGCAUACUCCUUACUGCCUCAACGCAUUGGAUGAGCAAUGAGUUUUGAGAAGGAGAGUAUGCAAUUGAGAUGCUCCCUCUUGUCAGGGCUGUGCUUGAACUGCUACUGUAAAACCUCCUGAAUGUUUUUAAAUGGUGUCAUUUUUCAAUAAAUAAAUGGCAAGCUUUCAAAUGUGUUCAAUUGGUAUC